AUGGCUCCAUUCGAGGCUUUGUAUGGACGUCGUUGUCGUAGCCCGGUUUAUUGGGACGAUUUCACCGAAGCGGUAACCUUGGGACCUGAAUUGUUGUUUGAGAUGACUGAGAAGGUAAGAUUGAUAAGGGAUCGUUUAAAGGCGGCACAGGAUCGCCAAAAGUCUUACGCUGAUUCGAAGCGACGGCCAGAAGAGUUCACCGUGGGAGAACAGUUGAGCCCUCAAUUUAUAGGACCAUACCAAAUUUUGGAACGUGUGGGUAAAGUGGCUUAUCGGUUAGCCCUUCCAAACUCUUUAGAGAAGGUACAUGAUGUAUUCCAUAUGUCUCAACUAAAGCGGUAUCAUGCCGCAACCACUCAUGUAUUAGAUCCUGAACCCUUAGAAUUGGAUGCAUCCUUGUCUUACCCUGAGCAACCGGUUCGAAUCUUGGACAAGAAGGUCCGUAGUACACGACGGAAGGAUAUACCUAUGGUGAAGGUCCUGUGGUCAAAUCACGAGCGCGAAGCGGCCACAUGGGAAACUGAAGAGUCCAUGCGGGAAAAGUACCCUCACCUUUUUCAGAUGGUACAAAGACUAAAAAGUGAAGUUGUUUGA